UACAGUUAGAACAGCACAACUUUUGGGACCCAACUUUUGUCUAGAGUAGAGUACUUAUUUGCUUUCCACUUUCAAGUGUUACAAACUAUUACGUUAGUUUCAAACAGAAUCCAUACGAUUUAAAGAUAGGACAACUGCAUGUGAGUCAAUCUAAACGGUAUUUACAUAAAAGGAGAUUGCAAUCCCUAAGGUGACCGCAAGGAUCGCCUUACUGGAAGGAUCUUGCGUAACGCUCCUUUCCGGCUGUCUGAUAGAGGUCAGCGCGUGGCGGCGAACGUGAAAGGCACCUUUGUCUGUGUUUUAUAACAAAUUCACCAUCAUGUUCUACAAAUUUAGCCAAAUGACAGGAAGAAUAGGAGCUGCUUCACAACAGGCGGCCUUCAGACCGGAGGGUGUCCUGCCUCUAACACAGACAGAAGCCCCGCCCUUGAUAUUCGGCUCACCUGUAAAACCAGCAGGUGAGGUGGCAGCAGCUCCCCAGGGAAAGCCAGCAAUAGUCAGAAACAAAGUCCCAGAGAUGCAACAAAUCAUGCAGAAACCUGGUAACCUGUUGUUUGUGAAGAGAGGAGGACUGGACACCGUGCUGUACAGAGGGACGAUGGGGCUCGUCGUGGUGGGAGUUGUGUACGCCUGCUUUGGGCUCUUCCAGGCAAUGAUGCCCAAGAAGAGCGAGGACUGACACCAGCUGAUGUAUUAGACACCGUGGGAUGGGGCAAUAUUCCCUACACACUAACUCACUAUAAACUCACUAGUCCUGACAGUCACCAGUAAGGUGUGGCUUUGAGAGUUGGACUGUGAUGGACUGAUGUUUUGGGGGAUGUCACAACAGAUAUAUGCUGAGUUUGAUUUUCAUGACCCUGCUUACGUUUACACCACUAUUAAUGGAUUCUAAAUGAUUUUCAGGGUUUGACUGUGGUGAACUGAUUGUUUUCAAGUGGGAUACUACUUGUAUCUAAGUAGUAACUUGUAUCUAGAACUACAUGUAUACUGCAACAGAUUGGCAAGCUUGUAUUUAAACCAACCAGUGACAAUCUUAACAUGUGAGAGUCACAUGGUAUGAUGUUAUUUGAAUUCUUGACUCUUCAGUUAUACACACAUAUGUACAGUACUGUAUUCAUUUGAAAGACAAGCUGUUUCUUAUAUGAUGGGCAAAGUCAUAACAAUUACAAGACCCAAAUCUGUCCGAUAUUUCACUGCAGUAUCAAAUGUGGUAUAGAAAGAAAGAAAGAUUGUGAACAUAUGAAUAUGAGAGACAUCAUUAUAUGAUAAAUAUAUCUGUAGAUUUCUCAUGUCUACAACACCAGAGUUUUAUUCUUGUGUUCUCUGUAGUCUUUAUGACAGAGAAAUAAAAUGUUUUGGAAAUA